GGGGCAGAGUGCGGGGGCCGUGCAGAGGGCUGAGAGUCUGGUGGCGAAGUCCGGCUGAGGAUGGUGACGCCGCUGGUGUCCCCCUCUGCAGACGGUCACCAGGAGUGUCAGCAGCAGCAGCAGCAGCAGCAGCUGGAGGGCAGCAUAGGACACCCGUCAGCAUGCAUGGUAGGCUAAGAGUCAAAACUACAGAACAACAAGAAGCAGAGAAAGCUAUAGAGCGCCAGAAGAAGCUUGCGAAAUACAAUGCUGGCACAGCUCUUCUUUUCAAAAAGCGCAAAGAGAGAGUAUACGAUGAAGAGACUGCACUUCAGUUGUCUCAGAUUUUGGCCGUGAAUCCGGACUUUUACACGUUAUGGAACUACCGUCGUGAAAUUUUCCUGCACUGGAAGGCCGAAAAGAGUUCGGAAUAUCUGCAGCAGAUGCUAAAGUCCGAUCUUCAGUUCACCGAACAAUGUCUCGGCGUAAAUCCAAAGUCCUACUGUGCUUGGCACCAUAGGUGUUGGGUGAUGGAGAAUAUGCCCUGCCCGGACUGGGAGGCGGAGAUCCAGCUCUGCGACCGCUACCUCAAACUGGACGGGAGGAACUUCCACUGCUGGGACUACCGUCGGUUCGUGGUGGCCGGCGCCGGCCGGUCGGCCGCUGACGAACUGGCCUCGGCUGACCGUCUGAUCGAGACCAACUUUUCCAACUACUCGUCCUGGCACUACCGCUCCCACCUGCUCAGUCAGCUGUUCCCCGCCUCCGGCACGGCCACACCCAUCAGAGAGGACAAGUACCUGCACGAGCUGGAACUGGUCCAGAACGCCGCUUUCACGGACCCGUCCGACCAGGCUCCGUGGUUCUACCACCGCUGGCUGCUGCAAGGGCGCCGCCCAGCGGCCAGUAUCCUAAGCUGCAGUGUGCUGCGCGGCGGACAGAUGGCGCGCGUGGCGGUGGCGCUCAGCCGCCCGGCCCGGCCGGCUGACGUCGGUCUGACUCUGGAGACUGGGGAGAGCCGCGUCACCGAGUGGGCCUCACCCACUGGAGAGAGUAGCGGGACGGUCUGGGUGGCGGCCGCUCCCGCCGGCUCGACCCCCACGGCCGUGGUGAUGACGUCAUCAGAGAGCGGCGCGGAGCAGAGACUGGCCUGCAACGGCCCGCCGCCGGCACUGCCGUCUGGCGGCGCGUUCGGCAGCGACACUAGCGCCGCAGCCGGCAGCCUGCUGAACCAGGAGCUGGACAACAUCUGGCAGCUGGGAGAAAUGGAGCCCGACAACAAAUGGGUGCUUCUGAGCAGCGUGGUACUGAUGUGGGCUCUGGAUCCGCGACAGCACCACGACAAGAUUCUGGAGGCCGUGGAUGAACUGAUGAAGCUGGACAGCCUGCGACGGGGCUACUACCGUGACCUCAGGAGCCGCUUCAUCAUCGAGCGAAAGCUCGAGUCGGUUCGGGAAUCGGGCCUCAUCGAGCUGGAUCUCUCCUGCUGCCAUCUGACGGCCAUCUACCACACUAACCACAUGGUUGCCAUGACAACACUGGACGCCGAUAACAAUCAGCUGCGCGCGCUCGACCUGAGACAUCUGGUGGCGACCGAGCGAGUUACUGCCAAGGCCAACCGUGUACGGCGGGUCAGCCUACCUCCCGGCGAAUUGUGCUGCCUCAGGCGUCUGGCGCUGAAUGACAAUGACCUGCGGGAGGUCAGUGACCUCGUCGGCGAGGACGGGCCGUGGCCCAGUGUAGAGGAGCUCAGUGUGACGGGUAACCCGGUGUGUGAAGUACCGGGGUAUGAGGAGCAGCUGAAGGAGAGGUUCCCCGGCCUGAAGAUGCUGAACGGAAAGGCCCUGUGAUCUCUUGCAUGAGAGGGGUGUUAGUCAACUGCACAUCACACUUGUCAAAGGCAUUAUUCGUAUAUUGAUGUAAUCAUAAAGCUUUUGGUGUGUUUCCGCUGUCAUUUGUUAGUCUCAGGUUUACAACCUUUCUUUGUAGCCGUUUUGGGUGCGAUGCAGACGAUACAGCACAAAUGAUAUUCGACGCUACACUGGAAAAUGACGAAUGUCACCGUUCAUAUCUCGAUCGCCGGGCAUAAUACGUCAUUAAUCAGAGAUGGCAUCGAUGAUUUUUGCAUCAAGCUGAAUUAUUGAAUGAUUGUACUGCCGCUUUGAUGUUCGAUGGAUGCAUUCCGUGUGCUGAGUGACGUCAGACCAUUGUUAUCGAGAUUCCGUUUUUUUUCGCUUUCGCCUCAGAAAAUGAUUGCAUGAGUUCUUCGAAGCAACACCUUUCAGUUUUUUUUUUCUGUAGCGGGUGAUUCGAAAAUCGCCAAUGCUUGCACAGGCAAAUGUUUGCCCAGCCCGGCUGGAGCUUUUAAUUUUCUGUUGUUUGGUGAUUUAUAUACCGUGGUUUCGUACGUUUACUAUUUAUUCAGGGUAUACACCGCUGAUUACUUUGCGAAAUAAAUGAAAAAAACUC